GCCACUGCAUCUUACACACAACGCAGUCCAUAUCCAGACACAUUACAUACGGACAAACUCAAAAAUCAACCAUCAAAAUGCCUUCAAGCACAAGAAUUAUGGCGCCUCAAAUCAAGAAAACAGGAAGGAAAAUCAAAGCCGGAAAUACUGAAAAACUUCCGAUUUACGAGCCGAACAUCCCAGAGCCGACAUCUCGGGAGGAGCUACUCAAAUACUGGCUCAAUAUUUCAUUGGACGAACGAACUGCCAAUAAAGUGCUGUGGCUGACAGAGGGCGGGGCUAAAGUGUCCCGCUUGACAGAUGAGGUGUGUCCUUACCUGGACAGGCCAGAGAGAUUUGACCACAGUCCUCAGGUGCUGUGUAAGGAGUCUAUCUGGGCGUCACGCUGUUAUUGGGAGGUGCAGUACUCUGGCUGGGUGGUUAUAGGAGCGGCAUAUGAGGGUGCUGGGAGGAAGGCAGGCGACGGUCCCUGCGGCCUCGGGGAGAACGAGGAAUCGUGGGGUCUGGGUUGGGCCGGAUCCUGUUAUGACGCCUGGCAUAAAGGAAUCAGCAGCAGGGUCACAGAUGUGCCUCAGUGCUGCACUAUAGGGGUGUAUGUGGAUCAGCCCGCGGGUCUGCUCUGCUUCUACACCGUGGAGACAGAGGAGGAUUCAAAGAAAAAGGAAGUCAAACUUCUUCACAGGUUUAAAAGUCCUAUAAAGGAGAAAAUUCUGCCAGGUUUUUGGGUGGGAAGACAGUCCUCUUGCUUAAUACUCAAGAAAGAGGAAUGAGGUAGAGGGAGACCAAAUAAUACUGUGCUUGUAUUUUAUUUUACACUGUAAAACCUCAUAUCAUCAAUUUAUACUGUAUGUAAAAUUAUUGCUUAUCUGUUUUUCAUUAUAUAGUCUGCUAAUGCCUUUUUGUAAUCAUGCAUUUGCAGUUUCACUGAUUUUAUUUUAAAAACACAUCUUGCUUCUGUGACUCUGGCUAUGACACAGUAAACAGCAUAUUUUGUGCAGCAUUUAUUUGUUAUUGUUAUUAGUAAUAUUGUCACUCUUUUUGAUCAAUAAAUCCCUUGUAAACACAAGCAGAUCACUGUGUUUAGUCUGUACAUAAAUGCAUUUACAAAUCAGCUUCAAGUAUGAAAUUAAAAAUUUCUUUCAGCUGCUGCUGAUGGAUUGUAAUAGUUGAGAACAGCUGCAUUUAGCAGUAAAUGUGAACUGAAGCUCUUGGGGUUUGAACAUGGUCACUGGAGACGGAGCUGCUCUAUUCUGAGACGAUCAGAAUCACUAAAGCUGCCAAUGCAAAUCUGAUUUUCACCUCAAACUCACAGUUUCACUGUUUGAUUGGUUCAACGCUCUGAAAUGGAACAGUUUCACUUCUGUUGUUGGAGUUGUUGAGUUUACUGUAAUGUCAUCUUUAUAAAAGUUACACACAUUAUAUAAG